AUGGAGGAAAGGAAGGAGGAAACCACAGGAGAGGAGAGGAGAGGAGGGGAGAGGAGAGGAGAAGAGAGAAAAGAUGAAGGUCAAAAAAGGACUAAAGAGAAGGACAGAGAAAUACUGGAGAAGUCUUACACAGGGAGAGAGGUCGAGCAUAAAGCUAAAGCAAGGAGCGGUCAAGAGAAACACAAGGAAGUUAAACAGAGGAAAGACAAGCAAAUGAGAGACGAGGUGUGAGGACACAAGGAUAACUAAGAGAGGUUGAAUUAGUAAAGGAAAAAAAACAAAAGUGUGGGGGUGAGGAGGACAGAGCAGAGGUAGAGAAAUGGGCAGAAAAUUCAAGGAAACAGAGGAAUCAUAUGUAAAGAGGAUUAGACCAGUGGAGUUCAGGGUAACUGAGACAAUCAUGUAAAACCAGUGCUCACAUGAAAAUAAAGAAACUUUUUUAAAAAAGCAUCAAAGAGGUGUUAAAUGUUGAAAACUGUCACAGAUAUAUGUGCUUUAUGAUCUUGGCAUUUGUGGGAACAGUUUAGUGGCUAUUUUCACAGGAGUAAAAUUUCACCAAACUUCAUGUAAACCUCCUGUAGAGAGUGUAGUUUAGCUUACAGACGCUCAAAAAUUUAAUCAUGCUCAUGUGCUCAUAACUUCUUUUUUUUCAGUUGACAGAGGCAGAGUAGUGUUUACUGUGCCUGAACUUUUGGGAACAAUCACCCGCCCAGCAUUACACCCUUGAUAAUCCUUUGACUUUAGCUCUGUGGCCGCUGAUGAAAGGAUGCUUUUGUUCUGGAAAUCCUGCCCUUUGGCUCCUACAUUCUCUCUAUUAGCCUUCAAUUCAUCACACUUAAUUCAGGUAUUAUUACAGAACUAAACAUUUGUGAAAUUCACCAGCUGGCUUGAGAGCUUCAAUACUGUAAGUCACGAGUGGACACGAGUAGUGAACAAAAGCCCAUGUGACCAACAGGGAUACCAAAAACAUUUCCCACUACUUUCUAAUCUUUUCACAGUAACAGAGAGUGAGAAACAGAGCAGGACUGAAACUGAGGCUCAUGUCCACUAUAUAGGUUUGAGCUUAGUUAGUCAAAACACUCAGAGACAGAUGAACGGUUUAGAUUAAACAUGAAUAAUGAAGCAGAGGAAAGCAACUCACUUACAGAAGAUGGUUUGAAUACAUGUGUGCUUAUUAGAGAACCAAAGGCAGGUUUCAGUGUUUCCUGAUCACUCACCACUGAGCAGGACCAACAGGCCAAGACCAUGAACUCUUAAGCGCUCAGUCUUGCUCCACGGUGCUUUAAUCACACAAAGUAAUCACAUCAAAGUGAUCCAGAGGUUCGGCUAAGCAGAAUUUCAGCAGUUUAUGAAAGAGACGACAAACACACAAAACCGACUGAUUAUGAUAGUAACAACACAAUUAUACACCAGCCAAAUAAACAGAGCUAUGCCAGUGUGAGUCACUUGAACAUGGCUCAGCUUAUAAGGUUACUAAGUCACUUUCUGAUCCUUAUGAAAGGCUGUCCGUCCAACAUAUAAUUUUUAAACAUUUGCAAGUGGAUUUUACCUUAAAGGUUGGUGCCAGCUGGUUAUUAUGACACCUGUUUGAUUAAGAUCUAUCUAUCUAUCUAUCUAUCUAUCUAUCUAUCUAUCUAUCUAUCUAUCUAUCUAUCUAUCUAUCUAUCUAUAAAUAAAUAAAUAUAUAAAAUUUCUGUUCAAAGAGACACCUGAGCUAUGCAAUCUUCGUACACCCAUAGGCUGUAUCAAAUGUCAAUCAAAGAAAACAUGAACCCCCUUAAAAAUGAAGCUGCACAGAAAAAAGAGGACUUGAACACAAACCAGUUUUACAAUAACUACAUGUCAACAUUGCAAGCAAGGGGGAGAAAAAUUAAUAUUCUAUGUAAUUAAUUUCUAAAGUUUGUCCACAGCUCCAUAGGGAUUGCUGGAAGAGGUGGGAUUUAUGACCUGUACUGCAGCCCAUCACCAGAGGGUGCUGUUCUCCCGGUCGCUUCUCCCAGCGAGAAGGCAGACAGCGUCCAUUCUACAUACCAGGGUUGUCAAACUCAGAAGCACAGUGGGCCAAAAUUCCCAAACUGGUCCAAGCGGAGGGCCGUACUGGUUGUUUAUUGAAAACUUGCAAAUGACCUUGUGGCAUGAAUUGAAUCUGAAAUUAACAAAGCUUCCAAACCAUAUAACAACAUUGAUCAUAAAUUAUAAAAAUCAGGUGUAUUCACUUUUUAUCUGGAGCUUUCCAUAGUAAUUUCUAAUAAGAAAAACAUUUCCCACUGGCAACAAUGGGCAGAAAAAUAAUUAAAAGAAAAAUGAAGUGUCUGUAGCAGCAAGAAAGAAAUUGCAAAAAUGAAGGAUGCAUUAAAGCGCAGUUUGCCCCUCUGUGAUGCAUAGUGGUCGAUACUUGAACCUGGAAAUGACAGAGCUUAUAAGAAAGUUUGUACCUAAAAACAACAACAUUAAACAUUAAACUUAAGAAAAAACUGUUGCAUUUUUUUUCUAAAGCUCUUUCUGCAGCUAUUCUGGAAUAGUUUUUAACUGUCAACAUUUUUCUACAGGCCAACAACAUCCUGUGAGGGAGCUGGAAAACCCUCCCCUCACUGAGGUGAAGUCUGUACAAUAUCUGACUAUUCAUGGACAUGGUUUUUGUUUAUUUUAUUUUUCUAAACACUGCUAACCUCUCAUCUUUUCGAGGUCACCAUCUUGUGGGGGCGUGUCCGCAUGGAGUGCACACAUGGGGAUGCAGCAAACAGGUCCCAGCGGUAGCAAAUCAGCUUGUUAGGCUGGGUUAGUGAGCAGAGAAAGGGGGAGGGGUAGAGUUAUUUAGUGGGAUUUAGCUUUAGUUUGGUCUGUUUUGGGUUAUUUAGUUAUUUUGGGUUAAUUUAUAUUCAUUUAUGUUCUUCCUAUUAAGUAUUAGGGCUAUUGUAUAUCCGGAUUAAGUUGUUAGAGGUCAGAUUUGCACAUACCUAUCACUAAUCACUGUCAUGCAGGUGAGAGAAAGAGGGAGGGGGGAGCAGGUGAGACAGCCCCACUCAGCUUAAAAGUGAACACACCUGUGUGAGUGGAGAGAGGUGUGGGUGGCUUUCUGCAGCCUGCUGCUCAAAGGAUGAUCAUUGUUAAGACUGCUGUGUGUGAUAACUUGGAUUUAUUAAAAAAUAUCAGAGCUCUGAAACCUGCUGUCUGACACCAUCCUUUUUUCCUCAUGCUGGAGAUCUUCACUACCGCUUGGUUCCAUUCCGUUUAGAGGUUUUAUGACCAUCAAAACCUUACACAUCCCAAAAAAUAUUUCCUUGUAAGAGAAUUCAAAAUGUCCUGUUGCAGCCUUUUGCUGCCUUUUUUCAUGUCUCGAUGUUACCUGUCUUGGUGUUCUGUUUCAUGUUGUCACAUACAAAUAUUUCUCCCUUUUCUUUCACUCACUUUGCGAAUGAUUUGUUCAAAAGAAAGAAUCUUUUAAGUGAACAUACUGAACCGAAUCACUUCCUAGAGUGAUUCAUUCAUUUCUCAGUUUAGUUGAGCUGUGAGCAGCUCAGCCUGCCAUUGCAUACAGUAUUGCUGGGCAACCAGCCGGCAAGCUGCUGCAGGGAGGGAGGGAGGGACAGCAUGCGCCAAUGCCUGAAUUCCUUGGUUAACGAAUCACUCAGUGAAUUACACUCUCCCAAAUCAUUUUUGUUUGAAGGAUAGACUUUCAUGGCGACUGUUGUUCCCCGUUUUUUUAAUGAAGUUUCUAGGUGAACAAACUCAAAAUGUCAUGUAACAAGUAGACCUACUGUAUAAAUAUAUUCAAAUUUAUGUAUCAUCGACACCACAGAAAACUUCCUGAUCUGGGGCCUGUUCUACGAAGCAGGAUUACUGCUUAGCGAGGUAACUUCGAGGAUAAGUUCGGGGUUUCCUGUUCUACGACGCGGGUUCACUUCUUAGCGAGGCGAGUCUCCAUAGCAAUAUACGCUGAACGGCUAACCUGCUCCGGGGCAGGUUAAGUUCCAGAUUGAACUCAAAGAGUAUAAAAACCCCGCCCACUGACCAAGCUCUCUCGAAAAACGGCUUGUCCGUUCUCGGAGGAUCCUGUAGACCUCGGUGCUCGCAUUGUCCGAGGAGGAGCACUCCGGCUCGCGAGAGUUUACAGGGAGAGUUUUCUCCGGAUGACCACCUUUAUGAAAGGCUCAUAUGGCCGACAUAUUACACAAAACAUGUAAACACGAUAGGAAUGAACAAAUGAAUGAUUCAUCUUGGGAAUGAAUGGGCAUGGGCUGCGUGAUCACAGACAACAUCUCGGUACUAUUUAUUAGCAGCGCAUGCCCCUUAUAAUUACCACGUAAAUACUGUUGUUCGGGACUGCUUACUUGUGCUUCCUACCUACUGUAAUAACCGUUGUUCUAGCCCACAUGCAACAUUUUUGUUCUCAUUCAUGAAACGCUUAAAUCAGGGACAUUUUCGGGGACAGCUUUAGCCGGGGACAGAUCAUCCAAUUCGGGGACUGUCACCUUAGUUAAAAGCGCAUGUUGAACAGUGCUAUUUCAGGGUGAUAAUGGCAUCAAAGAUUACUUUUCUGCCAGCAUUCCCUCCGUGCUUUUGCAGCGGCGACGGUGUUGCUUUUGAGGUUUGUGAUAGCUUUCAAUUCUUCAUACUUUCUCAUGAUCGUCUCCUGUUCCUCGUUUGUAAAGUCUGCGGUCCUUCACUCUCUGGCCUGCUCUGACGCUCCAGGCUGAUCCAUGUUCGCGAUUGGUCAGAUGCGGCGGGCUCCGCCUUAUAUGUGUGCACGCGCUCAUAGCAGAGCUGGAUCCACUUAUGAGGUUGAUAACCAGCGUCGUAAAACCGCUUAGCGAGACCGCUGGCUACCACGCUAAGUUGAGCGAGGUAGCUCCAAGGCUACCUCGCUAGGUUGAACCUGCUUCGUAGAACAGGCCCCUGCUCACCUGUUAUUCACUUUGGGAAAACAAGUCAAUUAAAAAGGGUAACUAAGUGUUAUAACUCAUUAAACAAGCUUUUGGCAAGUAAGGUCACUCUGAAUGCUCUGCAGCUAAUGAUGCAUGAGCAUCCAUAUAAUAAUAAUACAUUUUUUAAACAGACCGAAACAAGUCAAGAAAAAUCAGAAAAGAUGGAGAGUAAUUAUCAAGAACAAUUUCUAUUGACAUACUAAGGACAAAGUCUUAAACCUGCAUAUGACUGAGACACACGGCCAGUGAAAAUCCAUUAAACAUCGGGGAAGACGUGACCUAUGACCGAGUGACACUGCUGAGGUGGAUCACCCCAAGAAAACAUCUAAAAUCACAAAUCCACAUAAAAAUAAACUAUUAAAAAUGACAACAAUGCCAACACAGCUGUUUAAUAGGAGAAACUGAAUCACUGACAGAAAUAAAAGUUCUUUUUUAAAAAACAAAUGAGUAUUAACAAUCAACUAUUAACAACCCUUAGAGCUUAUCUGUAGUCAAUUUGUGGUCACUGUGUUGCUGUUUGACUUUAAUACACCAGGUUAGUUUGUACAGGUGGAACACAAGGUUGUCAGGGUGUGUCAUUUUAAAGGUUCAUGCAGCCAGGUAAACAGUGCUGAAAGAUAAAGUUUGUGUUUAGAGAUGUGCAAAACUGUGAUUUAGAUCCCCCUUUGGGUGAGACCAAUGGAGUCAAAGGGCUCUAUUUUGUGCGCAGUCGUAUUUUUGCCUGGCGAAGUCCGGCACACAGCCAGUGUGGUAUGUUCGUAGACUGAGGUGCACCAAGGUCUGCCAAGCUGGGCGUGGUGGUGGGGGGGGUGUCAACAGAAUCAGCUGGCGAAGUGACAUUUUCGUGCUUGCCUGUCAGCGCAGGCGGAGCACAGCUGGUCUAGUGGUAUUUUAGUAGGCCAGCGACAAAGUGCGCAUACAUCACGGAUGCCUCACCGGCAGUUUUCCAUGGUAAAUAGCGAGUAAAUAGUCACACAUGAUAAAGUUAACAAGAUAUUUAAUACGUCUCCCCCCUUAUUCUCCCUCUUCCUCACGCAGCUCGACCGAGCACGUCUCUGUGUCCUCUCCUAGUCCUGCUGCUGUGCUGGCAAGGCUGACCAGAUGAUAUUUUAUAGUGAUCAGAUGUUAUUUACUUCGAAAAUUUGAACACAAAAGUAUAAGAAACUUUGAUUCAAAAUGACCCUUUUAUCUAAUGUCCUCACAUCCUUAAAUUUCUGUGAAUAUUCAAUACAGACUUAGGCCCACAUACGAGUAUUAUAAUAUUCAGUUGCGUGAGCCAAGUUUAUUUUGUACGCUAACAUCAAUGAAAGAAAGAGCCAGGCCACAGAGCGCGAUGCAUCCUUUACACACAGGGGGUUCUGAUUUUAUUGGAAUUUGUUUAUGUUGUGAUCUGUGCCCACAACCCACCUUUGUCAUGUGGGGUUUAAAUAUAUGCAACUUGAUGUGAGUGUCUAUUUGUGGAAAAGGGUGUUUGUCUUACCAGUGGGUACAACCUUAUACACACCAAAUCCCUCUUUGCUCAUUUGAGAGUGUGGAGGACGCCCUGCACCACUUACUGUGACACUUGUUGAGGGGCUGCCUCCAGUCGCCAUUGUGUGGCGUUGCUUUCUUCGGUCAUCUCUUGAUCUCGCCGAUUACUUCACGAAAUUUGCAAAAUGCCUCGCCGGUAGCGGAUUUAAAGGUGAGGAGAGGCGCUGAUGUGAUUGGAGAAAACAGGCCUCGGCUGUGUUAAAUCCACUCUACUCCUUAUCCCCUCCCUCUCUACGACUUACGCCGCUGGGAGGAGCUGAGUUAGGGAGGGGGGAUACCUACGCCGGGCUGCGCUGCUCACCAAAUUAACAAAGUGUGCUUGGGCACGCCUCAUUGGUGCAGCGGAUCUGACUUACGCACUGUAUCCUUUUAUAUAGUGUCUUAUUCUACGAUUUUGUAUUCUAUCAUUUUGUAUUCUGAUUCUGCCUUGGUUAGAAACCUUUGAGCCUGUUUCAAAAAUGUAGAGUUAAAGUGGUUUUGAUUUCACAAGCAUAUCAGUGGUUUUUCUCAUUCCAAACAGGCACAAUGACAUUUUUCUGGUCAGAUUGUUUCAGCUUGUUUCUUGUUUCUGAACUCAAGCCUGAAUUCUUGUUUGUUGGAUAUCUUUUCCAGGAUUCCCACCAUUCAGCUCCUGCUGAGAAGCAGUCCAAGAAGAGGAAGAGGACCUCUGAAGUCCAUGCUUCUAAUUCUUCAGCAGAGCUGACCUGUGAUCCUGCUCCUCAGCACUCUGACCUCCAUGAUGCUGUUCCUCAUUUGGUCCAGGGGCCUCAGCUCAGUAUUCCACCUUCCGAGCUGCCUCAAGUCUCCACUGUGGUCCCCAGUUUUCAGCCCUCCACAGCUCCUCCGCUGGAUGACGGCCCACUGAUGAUCCACCAUCUGUCAGCGGAAGAGUACCAGCAGCUCUACCACAUCGUGGUAGAUGACAUGCUUUAG